AAGGUUUAACCGAUAGUAUAAGAACAAUCAAUUCUAUGUGCGAUAGAAUAACUAAGUAUCAAUCUGUGUAAGAGAAGAACUUAUGAGAGUUGACCACAACGAAUGUAAUAAUGAAAUCCAACCCAUUCUUAUAUCUAUUGCCUUUGGUCCUGCCAUCCCAUCUUGGCGGGAUGGUUGUGAUGGCGCUGCCAUCCCUAUAUGCACUGCCAUCCCGGAUGGCCAGCCUUGGCGGGAUGUCACAUCACGUGACUCCAAGCACCGCGAUGAUCAUUACCUUCUGACUGUCAGGCGCUGCGCUGACUAUGUAUACUAUCCUGAGAGAAUCCUUCUUGUUACUUGUAACACUUCUAUACCGCUAGUAGUAUGGAAUAAGAGUGGGAUUUUAAUCGACUUUGGAUUCAGCGUUUUCUUAAGCGUUUUUCUUUCUGCGUUAUAGUGCCUGCAGUAUAGAAGAAGGUGUUCUGCUGUCUGUGGUCUCCCACAGCUACAGAGGUC